UCUUGUUUUUAAAAAAUAUCUAAGUAUGUAUAACAAACUCCUUUCUCGAAGGAUCAUCCCGAAGAUUUGUGUCUUGAUCGAUCGUCAAUAAUACGAACGAAGUACUAUACUGAUCAUUUGAAACUAACUCACUUUCCCAUCAUUGCAUUUGUAUAACGUAAAGAUAUAAAUCUCCAAAGAAACGCAACACCGAUAGAUCUUAAAAAUUAAUGAGCAAUUAAGCUCGAAUGGACAUAAGGAGAUUGACGGCGAUCUGCUCGACGGCACUCGGAAUUCCUGUCGAGUCACUGGACUGGGUUCAAUGUCAGCGCAUAGGGAAACGAGUCGAUCAAUUCGGGGAAUCUUUCGCGACAGGCGAGAAUAUCCCGAGAGAGAUGUACUCAGGUGGAGAACGUGGACACGUGAAGUGUAACGUAGAUUUUUUGGUAGAAGCUUCCCGUGGUAGGGGCGGCGGAGUCCGAUCUCGUCGUAUAAAAGUCUUUGGAUCCACUGCUUCGAGAAGAGUCGCUCUUCGUUCGAAAACGUGAUCUCAAUAAGAUGGCGAUGAGGUGCAUUGUAGUGCUGGUCGCCGUGUGGGCUGUAAUCUACGCUCAAGCAGAGUCCGAACCCGUUGGCCAGGAUCCGCAGCAGACGUUGGUGGCACCUACAGCAUCAUCGGAAAUCGCGCCGCUGAAAUCGGAAACGGUGUCGGGCGAGGUGACCGAGAUACAGUCGCGUAACAAAAGAGCGCCGAUCCUUCUGAAAAAGGCUCUUUUGGGUGGUGCUCUUCUCGGUGCCGGAGCCUUGGGUGCUGGAGCUCUGGGUGCCGGAGUUCUCGGCGCUGGAGUUCUCGGUGCUGGAUUGUACAAGGCUAAAUAGUAAGUUGAUUCUGAAGAGAGGAAAUAUUGGAAGGAAAAGAACGGUUUUGCUGGAGUACCUAAAAAUUUAGC